AUGACCGCGUGUUCGAGUAACCACUUCGGCGAAUUUAAACCUCACAUAGAAGAUUUUAGAAAGAGUUUCCCUGGAACGAAAUGUUUUUUCUACGAUCUUGGACUAAGCGAUGAGCAGAUCAAUGAAGUUAAAAACAUGCCUGACCUAGUGUACAGAAAAUUCGACUUAAAUGCAUAUCCUGAACACGUUCGUUACCUGCAAAAUUAUGCCUGGAAACCGCUGAUAAUUCAAGAAAUGCUUUCUGAAUUUGAUGGAACAAUGUGAUUUGAUUCAUCUGUCAAAUUCUUAGGAAACCUAACCAAUAAUGUAAUAGAACGUAUGUCCCGCCACAAUGAGGGCGCAGUGUUUUAUCUCGACUCAACCCACCACUCUAUAGUAGCCGCUAUUCAACCGGGCAUGCUUGAAUACUUUCCGAUGAUAAAGGAAGGCGCAGUUAAGGACAUGCUUCAGGCCAGUGCAGUGGUUUACAUAAACAAGGAUGAAGUACAAAGGCAUAUAAUGAAAUGA